AUUAAAACCCCGAUCCAUGUGGUUGGUCAUGACAUCGCAGGCAUGACAUCGCAGGUCUUUGCGAUGUAGUACCCUGAUUUUGUAUCCAGCACUGUCUAGGGAGAAUGUCCGUUAUCAGGAACCACAGAAUACGAAAAGUCCAAGCAAUACCGAGAUCAUUGCUAUUUUGCCAUCAAAGGACAGCAGCUCGAUAUGGCCGCGGCACUAGUAGCAGGAAAAGAAAGUAUUUAUGUCAAGCAGUUCUACGAUCGAUUUGCCUAUAACCAUCCAGUGUUUGGCAAUGAUAUCAUCCACUACUACACCUCGCAGUAUUCUAUGCCUGACGCCUUGCAAUGUGCGUUUUAUGUGUACAGCGCGUUUGAGAUGGAUGCCGCCCAAAACCGAGCAUGGAUAGUGGAGCGGGGAAAAGAGAACACACGGAAUCCGGUCUUGACUGGAGCAGAGCAUGCGCUGGCUGCGGGCGCAGAAUGGAUGGCGAGUGAAGUAUUUGAAAUUUGUUCAGACGCAUUAUGUUACUGAUAGCGGUCAUUACAUUGUGGAGGAGAAUCCGGAGGAAUUGUCGCCCAGAUACUCGAAUUUCCGCAGACGGAGUAAACCUCACUAGUUUCGCCUGUUGCUCCCAAGAUCUCAACAGCCCAGUCCUUGAAUCGAGCUAAGUGCAAUAAUAUUGAUUGAUCCUCUUUUAGCUGAAGUUGCCACACAUAAC